AGUUUAUUUAUUGGAUAAAAUAACAAUUUAAAAUACAUUGUGAUCUAUUUAAUUUUAAAUUGUGAACAUUGAAGCGCUGUGGAUCAUGUCUGUUUUAUUUCAACGAUUAACGCCACUUCUUGUUUCUCAAAAAGCGUUUUUAUUUAAUUUUUGCAAGAUGUUAAAUCCUCUGUUCUUUAUGACUCUUAUCCUAAUAACUCCUUGGUGUCAAUCCGAAAAACCAAAUGUUCUCAUCUUUGUGGUUGAUGAUUUGGGUUAUGGUGAUCUGGGACCAUUUGGCAAUGCUACAUUACCUACACCAAAUUUGGAUAAACUUGCCUCACAAGGAAUAAAGUUAACUCACCAUAUAGCCGGAGCAUCAGUUUGUACUCCAAGUCGAGCUGCUUUGUUAACAGGGAGAUAUCCAGUUCGAUACGGAAUGACUCCUUCUUAUCUCAAUAGAGUAAUCUUAUUCGCCGCAUCUUCUGCCGGAUUGCCACCCAGUGAGAUAACAUUUGCUUCGAUUGCUAAAAAAGCUGGUUAUCGAACAGGCUUGGUUGGAAAAUGGCAUGUUGGUCUAUCUUGUUCAUCAAUAAGUGAUCAUUGUCAUCAUCCAAAUUCACAUGGAUUUGAUUAUUUUUAUGGAACGCCAAUGACUAAUGUAAAAGAUUCUGGAGAAGAUGGAUAUUCGGUUGUUACUUCCAACUUCCCAAACUUCAAAAAACUCAUCAUCACUGGUAUUUGUAUUGGAGCAUCAAUAGGCUGGGGCUUUUGGUUUUUCCUACGAUAUCGUAAAACUGGCAUCUCAAUUUCCGUCAUUGCUUUGAUGCUUUUUGGAGGAACUUGGUUGUUUGUAAAUUCAUUGGUUCGUUUGAAUCUAUUUUUGAUGAGAAAUGGAGAAUUGAUUGAGCAACCGAUAUAUUUACCGACUUUAACUGACAGGAUUGUACAGGAAUCUAUCAAUUUUAUCAAACAAUCAUCGGCAGUUGUAAACAGUGAUCAACAUCAACCUUUCCUGUUGAUGGUUACUUUCUUGAAAGUUCACUCUGCUCAUUUUCCAAGUAAAAGAUUUCUGGGACAAUCGAAACAUGGAAAAUUCGGUGAUUGUGUCAUGGAAGUUGAUUAUUCUGUCGGCAGGAUUAUGGAAACUCUAAAACAGGAAAAAUUACUCAAUAAUACAUUUGUUUAUCUUACUUCAGAUAAUGGAGGACAUAUUGAAGAAGUUAAUAUCCACGGACAACCUGAUGGUGGUUAUAAUGGCAUUUUUCCUGGCGGCAAAGGACACGGAGCCGUUGAAGGUGGAAUCAGAAUUCCAGGAAUAAUAUCUUGGCCGAGUCAACUACCAGAAGGUGUAAGCUAUAACCAUCCAACCUCUCAAAUGGAUUUGUUACCAACAUUGAUUGAUUUAAUGAACACAACCUAUCCAGCUGAAGAUGAUAGAGAGUUGGAUGGAGAUAGUUGGACUCCAUGGUUAACUAAAGCUAACCCUGAAGAAUACUUUCAAUCAAGAAUCAUGUUUCACUAUUGCGGUGUCUAUCUUCAUGGUGUACGAUUUGCUCAAGACCCAUCAACAAUUUAUAAAAUAUAUUAUUAUACACCCAAUUACACGAAACCAGCCGAGAAAAAGUGUAAAUUUGUUUGCCAAUGUUUUGGUAAACAUGUGAUUGCUCAUAAUCCUCCAAUUAUUUACAAUAUUGCCAUAGAUCCUAAGGAAGAGUCUCCAUUACCUCACAAUCAAUCUUUAAUUGAUUAUGUAGAUCAACAAGUAGCUUUACAUCAGUCUACACUUGAUCCGAAUGUUGAAUCACAAUUUUCAUUAUCCAACUCUAUUUGGAAACCAUGGAUGCAACCAUGCUGUAACCCUCCAUUUUGUUCGUGUAAGGAAACAGUUGAAAACAAUGUUAAUGAUUUUGUUUAAAAGGACAGCAACCAUUGAUGGUUAAAGCUAUCAUUUUUUAUUAAUAACUUUUUAUAAGACUAGAUCACAAAGAAAUAAGUGCCUAAUCAAUCAAAAUGAAACUGUGAUAAAUCAAUUUUUCACCUGUUGAAGAUCAUUCUUUCUCCUGAUCAUGCAUCAUCUGUUUUUAUUCUGUUAUAAUAUCAAAGUCCAUGUUUGAUUUUUGAUAAAUAAAUUUUAUUUCAUUAGACAAAAUAAUUAUGUACUUGCUCAUUGUAGACGAUGAAAUUGAGUAUAUCGAACUUUCACGCUGAUUACAAAAAAUAAAUUAUAAUUAUCGAUAGUUUA